GUGAGUCCCCGCCGAAAAUCAGCCUCUGAAAGUAUCACGGCCCAAACGACACGGCCACCACCAGAGCAAGGCUGCGGGUUCCUGCCGCCUGAGGAUGUCAUUGUACGAUCCCUUAGCCAAGGACGCAGCAACAUGACUGAAGCAGCCAUCAACGGCACGUCGGGCAGCUUCGAUCUCGAGCAAGCCAAAGCUGCGCUGACCUCGUCUUCGACCUCGGCACGCAUCGCCCAAUUGCGUGCGAUUGACGAUAAGCUCUCGCAGAGAUCCCUCGACAGACCAGUCACGCUCGGCAUCCUCAGAGUGCUCUUCUGGACCCAUGCCUUCUACACGGACCGGCCCUCUCGUCAAGCUGUCCAGCGAUGUCUGGCCUCGAUCUGCCAGGCAGGGGAUGCCGACACCGUUGCGCCCUUGGUCGCCGCAGUGCGCCAGGAGAGUCAGAAGCAUGGCAUCGCACCUGACAGUGCCUUUGUGCUGGUGGAGUGGUGCAGCCUGUUGAUGCAGAAUAUCGCAGGCACACCUCUCUGGGAGAAGGUCGGCAAGGACGUCGUACUGGCGGCCGCAGACAGCCUGGAAAAGUGCCUGCAGCCCACGGCAAAGAGCACGCUUGGUAGCUCGGCGCUCGUGAUCUCGAGGAGGGGUUUGCGGAAGCUGGUCUCGGCCGACCAACAGGCUAUCGGCGAGGCGGUCCAGGUCCUCGCCGCCAAAGGAAGCCAACCAGCCGCCAAGAAUGCCGUGCUGCUCGGCGCCAUAGCGGGCGUCUGCUCGCGCAAGCCCGAGGCGAAGCCGGUGGUCGAGGGCCUGAAGAGCCAUUACUACUCGUUUUACAUCCGCGAAAUAGUUGGCUCCCGGACGCCGGUCGCUGCCCACCUCGCAAACGGCCUCAAGGAUUUCUUCUCCGACUUUGUCUCACUCGAGGACCUCGACAAGGAGGUAUUCCCGGCGCUGGAAAAGGGCUUGCUGAGAGCCCCUGAAGUGGUACUGAACAACCUAAUCACACCCCUCGUCCGCUCCCUUCCCCAGUUCGAUCUCUCCAAAGCUCUAAGUGGGCGUUUCGUCAAGCCUCUGCUAUCUAAUGUCAAGUCGUCCAAUGCCACGAUUCGCAACGGUGCAGUUGGGGCUUUCAGCGUGAUCGCCUCGUCCUGCAGCGACGUCGCGGAACUCGAGAAGGUAGCGGACGAGGUGUUGGGCCCUUUGAAAUCUGGCAAGCUCGCCUCUGCUGACCACAGAGUCCUCCACUCGGAAAUGCUCGUUGCGCUGCCCGCAUCUACAGGGAUCGCAACGAAGAUUGCUGCCGGGCUUCCCGCUCUAGUGGGCAAGGAAGCAAACGAGGCGGCUCUCAGCGCCGAGACCCUAGCGCUCAAUGCCAGCACCAUCGCUCUCCUUCGCAGUGCCGAGGUGCAAAAGCCACUUCUGGAUGCGUACACGAAAGGUCUGGCGGACAAGAAGGUCCCAAUACGGCGCAUCUGGAUUCUCCGCACGGGAGAGCUGCUGCAAACCUUUGCCGAGAGUUCAGAGACAGAGCUUCCCAAGGGAGCUGUGGCAUUCGCGGAAGCAGUCGUACCGCCUUUAUUGUCCACGUUCAACGAGGUCGUGGCGAACCCCGCGGCUGCCGCGCAGAGCGGGCUCGUCACGGGCGCCUUGGUGGUUUGCGGUUUGAAUCCUUUGCUUAGUCGACUCGAGAAUGCCAACGUCCAGUCUCUGCUGAAGAAAGCCUUGAUCCAGAAGAACAGCCUGGCGGUGGACCCUAAGCCGUCGUUCUUGCUCAACCAGCGGAUAUACAGCAAGUUCUUGGAGGACGACCUCAGAUGGUUCUGCCGUGCGCUGUCCGCCGUCACUGGCACUCUAGGUUCAGACAGCGAGGCGGUGAGGGUCGCGUGGGCUCAGGCAUACAUCUUCCUCGUUUGCUCGUCAGCCACAUCUCCCCCUGUACGCCGGCUGGCGAUUGAGACGCUGUCGAACCUGUGCGCCCGGUCCGUUGGCUCUGGCAGCCACAGCGUUGCGGCGGAAAUUAUCAAUGGCAUGUGGCAUUGGAUCGAGGCCACAGAGACAGCUGAAAAGGAGAGCGCUGCUGCGCUGGCCAAGUCAGGGAAUACCAAUCUCCACCUGAUGUUCAAAGCUAUUUGCCUCAGUCCCAAAGAGACCGCGGACCGAGCAGGCACCGCUGCGGAUAAGGAGAAAUUAGAGGCGCAGAUGUGCUCUCUUGUCGUGCUUGCAAAGCCCCAGCUCAUUCCACGAGCAAGUUGGAUUGAUCUCUGCCUGAAAGUCGAGCUGGAUCCCGGGGAGCUGGCCAGGAAGCAUGAGGAGAGGCUGAUUCAGGAAAUCGUUGAGCGGACCAGAGUUCGAGAAAAGUCCGAGUCCAUCAAAAAUGCGGCUUAUAGCGCGGCUGCCGAGCUGGUAUUUGUUGCCCCUGACUCGAUGACCUCCCGCAUCGUCGCCCUCAUCGAGCAGGACCUAGACGCGUCCCAGCUGGAGACCGUUGGCCCCCUUGAGGCCGCCAUCUUCCGCACUCCGGAAGGAACGGCGUUCGUGGACGUGCUGGCAAAGAAGCAAAAUGUGGUUCCGAACAAGAACGUCAAGGACUAUGAGACGCUGAAAUGGGAGGAGGAACUCAGGGCAGAGCUAGCGAAAAAGAAGGGCUUGCAAAAGAAGCUGACGGCAGAAGAGACGGCAAAGGUCAACGCGCAGUUGAAAAAGGAGGCCGAGAUUCGCGAGAAUGUCCGGCAGAUCGCAGCGAAGCUAUUGCGUGGCUUCGGCAUCGUCCGGGCGCUUGCUACCGGACCGCCCUCCGACACCAGCCGCUGGAUGCGGCCUGCUGUCGCGGCUACCCUUGCUGCUAUCAACGCUGGCGCUGCCCAAAUCACAGGUGACACUGGACCGAUGGCCUUCAUCUCAUGUGCCGACCAGGCAUCGCCGCGCCUCGGUUCCAUCCGGCCGUUCAUCGCCGUGGCCACUCUCCGCGCCCACGAAGUGUCUGCAAUUCCGGAGAACCUGACUCAGGAGCCGUUCGAGGACCUUGUCACAAGGGUGCUCUACCGUCUACGCUUCGCCGGUGAGCAGCGGCGGUUCGACACCGUCACGCUCGUCUACAUGUUGCCGCUUCUGUUGCUAGUCCUCGACAAGGGCGGCUUCGGUCCCAGCGCCGACGACCGCGAUGCCCAGCUGGUUCUCGCCAUCGAGGUCCUCUCGUUCCACACCGACGCUGCGGCAGACGAGGCGAUUCCCCGUGCCGAAAUACUCUCGGCGCUGAUUUCCGCAAUGCAGAAGUACAGCCAACACUACAAGAUCAUCAAGGACUGUUUCUCCGACAUGGUUCGCUGCGUGGCUCCGAACAUGAACCCCGACGAGAUCGGCGUCCUGUCGCGGGGCACCAUCGUUCCCCAGGCCAGCGUGCGCACCGCCGUGCUCCAGGCAAUCAGCGCCGAGGUCGACAUGAGCGAGGUUGGCGUGUCAGAAGAGAUCUGGCUCGCUUGCCAUGAUGACAUUGCAGAGAACGUCGAUCUGGGUCACGAGAUCUGGGAGGAGAGCGAAUUCAAGACCUCCGAGGAGCUCGCACAGAAGAUGCUGCCUUACCUGAAGAGCAAGGAUGCGCCGCUGCGUCGUGCAGCGGCGAAGGCCCUCGCCGAAGCAUCCGGCCAGCAUCCCGCGGCCAUUCCCCCCGUUCUGGGAGAGCUCCAGUCGUCAUACAUCGAGCUGGCCAAGCCGCGGAAACAAGAACUUGACCAGUUCGGCAUGCCCAAGAAGAUGGACCUGUCGGACCCCUGGGAAGCUCGACACGGAAUCGCCCUCGCCUUCAAGCACCUUGCGCCGCAUCUCGAGAAGCCGCAGCUCGAACCGGUCUUCAACUUCCUCAUCGAGCAAGGCCCGCUCGGCGACCGGAAUGCCACCGUCCGGGCCGAGAUGCUCGAGGCUGCUAACACCAUCAUCGAGAUCCACGGCAAGGGUAUUCUGGACAGGCUGAUGAAAACCUUCGAAAAGACGCUCGAAGGACCCGACAAGAACUCGGAGGCGUCGGACCGCGUCAAUGAGGCCGUGAUUAUCAUGUAUGGUGCCCUCGCACGGCACCUGAAGCCUGGGGACAAGAAGAUCCCGGUGGUCAUCGAACGGCUCCUUGCGACGCUCAGCACCCCGUCCGAGACGGUCCAGUACGCCGUAGCAGAGUGCCUGCCGCCACUCGUCCGCACGUGCGGUGACAAGUCCCCCAAAUACUUCGACCAGGUCCUGGACACGUUGCUGACGUCCAAAAAAUACCCCGAGCAGCGUGGCGCCGCCUACGGUCUGGCAGGUCUCGUGCUUGGCAGAGGAAUCGGCGUCUUGAGAGAGUAUCGGAUCAUGAUCACGCUCAACAGCGCUCUGGAGAAUAAGAAAGAGAUCCACCAACGGGAAUCCGCCAUGCUCGCGUAUGAGCUCAUGUCGACCAUCCUCGGCCGGUUAUUCGAGCCGUACGUGAUCCAGAUCGUCCCACAGCUUCUUGCAGGCUUUGGCGACGGCAACCCGAACGUCCGCGACGCUGCGCUGGCAGCCGCCAAGGCGUGCUUCGCCCAGCUAAGCUCGUUCGGCGUCAAGCAGAUCCUUCCGACCCUCCUUGACGGCCUCGAGGAAGACCAGUGGCGCAGCAAGAAGGGCGCCUGCGACCUGCUCGGUGCCAUGGCCUACCUCGACCCGCAGCAGCUCGCUCAGAGUUUACCGGAGAUCAUCCCGCCCCUGACGGCCGUUUUGAACGACAGCCACAAGGAAGUGCGACAGGCGGCAAACAAGAGCUUGAAGAGGUUCGGCGAGGUUAUCACCAACCCCGAGAUCAAGAACCUGGUCGACAUCCUCCUCAAGGCGCUCAGCGACCCGACGAAAUACACCGACGAGGCUCUGGACUCGCUCAUCAAGGUCCAGUUCGUACACUACCUCGAUGCCCCGUCGCUGGCCCUCGUCAGCCGUAUUCUGCAGCGUGGCUUGGGCGACCGUUCCAACACGAAGCGCAAGGCGUCGCAGGUCAUCGGCAGUCUGGCACAUCUCACAGAGCGCAAGGACCUGGUCGCUCAUCUGCCAGUUCUCGUGGCAGGCCUCAAGGUCGCCGUAGUCGAUCCGGUGCCGACAACUCGUGCCACUGCCUCCCGCGCUCUCGGGUCUCUCGUGGAGAAGCUGGGCGAGGACGCGCUGCCGGAUCUCAUCCCCGGCCUCAUGCAGACCCUCAAGUCCGAGACGGGCGCCGGCGACAGGCUUGGUUCGGCCCAGGCGCUCAGCGAAGUCCUUGCCGGCCUGGGAACCUCGAGACUGGAGGAGACGCUCCCGACGAUCCUGCAGAACGUCGAAUCGCCCAAGGCGUCCGUCCGCGAGGGCUUCAUGUCGCUCUUCAUCUUCUUGCCCGUCUGCUUCGGCAACAGCUUCGCCAACUAUCUCGGCAAGAUCAUCCCGCCGAUCCUAUCAGGGCUUGCCGACGACGUUGAGGCCAUCCGGGACACUGCGCUACGUGCCGGCCGGCUGCUGGUCAAGAACUUUGCCAUGCGCGCGGUGGACCUCCUCCUUCCCGAACUGGAGCGCGGCUUGGCGGACGACAGCUACCGCAUCCGCCUCAGCUCGGUGGAGCUGGUCGGCGAUCUGCUCUUCAAUCUCGCCGGCAUCAAAGCGAACGCGGAGGCCACAGAGGAGGAGGACCAGGACAUCACGAAGGAAGCCGGUUCGUCGCUUCGCGAGGUCCUCGGCGAGGAGAAGCGGAACAAGAUUCUCUCGGCUCUCUACGUCUGCCGUUGCGACACGGCCGGUGCAGUGCGCGCCGCUGCCGUCGGCGUGUGGAAGGCCCUGGUCCACAGCCCGCGGACGCUCAAGGAGCUCGUCCCGACCCUCACGCAGCUCAUCAUCAGGCGGUUGGGCAGCUCCAACAUGGAGCACAAGGUCAUUGCCAGCAAUGCGCUCGGCGAGCUCAUCAGGAAGGCGGGCGACGGCGUCCUGGCUACGCUGCUCCCUACGCUCGAAGAGGGUCUCCAGACGUCGCGGGAUGUGGACGCCAAGCAGGGUAUCUGCCUGGCGCUCAGGGAGCUCAUCUCGUCAGCCUCCGCCGAGGCGCUCGAGGACCACGAGAAGACGCUCAUCUCGGUCGUCCGCACCGCUCUUACCGACUCGGACGACGAUGUCCGCGAAGCAGCGGCCGAGGCCUUCGACUCGCUGCAGCAGAUCCUCGGCAAGCGCGCCGUCGACCAGGUUCUCCCCUACCUGCUCAACCUGCUCCGGUCCGAAGAAGAGGCGAACAACGCGCUUGCCGCCCUGCUCACGCUGCUUACCGAGUCCACUCGCUCCAACAUUAUCCUGCCGAACCUCAUCCCCACCCUCAUCACGCCGCCCAUCUCGGCGUUCAAUGCCAAGGCCCUGGCCUCGCUGUCUAAGGUCGCCGGUGCGGCUAUGAACCGCCGGCUGCCCAACAUCAUCAACUCGCUCAUGGACAACAUUGUCAACUGUACCGAUGAGGAGCUGCGCAGAGAUCUCGACGACUCGUUCGACACGGUCAUCUUAUCGAUUGAUGAGUACGACGGCCUUAAUGUGGUCAUGAACGUCCUACUACAGCUCAUCAAGCACGAGGACCACCGCAAGAGAUCCGCCACCGGCCAGCAUCUCGCUAAGUUCUUCGCAGCGGCCGACGUGGACUACUCGAGGUACAACCAGGACAUCGUCCGUGCCCUGCUGAUCUCGUUCGAUGACAGAGACAUGGAGGUCGUCAAGGCCGCGUGGAGUGCGCUCCACGAGUUCACCAAGAGGCUCAAGAAGGAGGAGAUGGAGGCCCUCGUCCAGUCGACCCGGCAGGUUCUUCUGCAGGUCGGCGUUGCGGGCCACAACCUCGCCGGAUUCGAGCUGCCAAAGGGCAUCAACGCCAUCCUGCCCAUCUUCCUGCAGGGGCUCAUGAACGGCACGCCCGAUCAGAGAGUCUCCGCUGCCUUGGCCAUCUCAGACAUUGUCGACAGGACCAGCGAGAACUCGCUCAAGCCCUUCGUCACGCAGAUUACUGGUCCGCUCAUUCGUGUGGUCUCGGAGCGCUCUACGGAGGUCAAGUCGGCGAUUCUGCUCACACUCAACAACCUGCUCGAAAAGAUGCCCACGGCACUCAAGCCGUUCCUGCCGCAGCUGCAGCGCACAUUCGCCAAGUCGCUCGCCGACACCUCGAGCGACGUCUUGAGGAGUCGUGCCGCCCGGGCGCUCGGCACACUCAUCAAGUUCACGCCGCGCGUUGAUCCUCUGAUUGCUGAGCUGGUGACCGGGUCCAAAACCACGGAUGCUGGAGUCAGGACGGCCAUGCUCAAGGCCCUGUACGAGGUCAUCAGCAAGGCAGGCGCCAACAUGGGCGAGAGCUCCCGCGCUGCCGUCCUGAGCCUGAUCGACACCGAGACCGACGAGCGCGACCAAGCGAUGACCAUCACCUACGCUAAGCUGUUCGGAGCGCUGGUCAAAAAUGUCUCGCCUGAUGUGGCAACCGGCCUGCUAAAGAACAGGGUCAUGACGAGGGACUUCAGCAACUCCAGCGUCCUGGCGCUGAACGCGGUCCUUCUCGAGAGCCCGGCUACCCUUCUGGACUCCCCCCUUGUGGAUGACCUGCCCGAGCUGCUCUGCCAGGGAAUGGAGAGCAAGGACACCUUCAUUGCCGACAACUUCAUCGUCGCCACGGGCAAGUACCUCCUCAGCGACGCGCCCAAAUCCUUCGAGCCCACCAAGCCCAUCUUCACCACCCUCUCCAAGCUCAUCCCUCCCGGCGCCCCGACCGACUCGCGCCGGCUGGCCCUCGUGCUGGUGCGCACCAUCGCCCGCACCCACCCGGACCUGGUCCGCCCGCACCUCGGCCUGCUCGCGCCGCCGGUGUUCGCCUCGGUGCGCGACAUGGUCAUCCCUGUCAAGCUGGCGGCCGAGGCCGCGUUCGUGCAGCUGUUUGCGGUUGCUGACGAGGAGAGCAAGGUGUUUGACAAGUGGAUUGGAGGAGGGGCAGGGGCGGAGCUACCGCCUAAUGUCAAGAGGAGCAUGCAGGACUACUUCAAGCGGGUUGCGCUCAGGUUGGGGGCGCAGGUGAGGGAGAGGAGAGAGGCAGAGGGUGGCGCCGGCGGUUUGGGCUUGUCGAAUGAUGAGGUCGAGGACGAGAAGGAGAUCAUGGCUGUUGGGAAGGUCGAUGUGGGGGAUGUCUUUGCUGCUGAUUCUUGAGUCUUGACUGGGUCCUGGGUCCUGGCACCUGGGUAGAGGGGUGGUUCAUGGAUUGAGGGAUGAGGGUAUGUUAUGUAGAUGCAUGAAAUACUAUUGUUACCUGUGUCUGGCGCUCUGAGAAGUGGUCAGGUAAAAAACCAAGUUGAGAAUUGCGUGAAUUACUCC